AUAAAAGAGAGAGAUUUUCCAACUUAGACUUUGUUGACCCUCUAGAACUCGGAAUAAACCUCACCAAGCUCCCAUUUUUAUCCCAAAUGUCUCUAUUUGGGCACAAUUCCCCCGUUGCCCAAAUAAAAUAUACGCGUAUUUGAUAUAGUCUUCGCUUGUUUUUUUCUUCCUCCAUAUGAAUUUUUUAGAGGAGGAGAAGAAAGUUUCAAAGUCUUGGGUGGGUUCUUAUAGCUUGUGGGCAGCUCUAAUAUAUUGUAUUGUAGUCUUAGAAAGCAAAAAGGAGGAGUUUUUCCAUCUGGGCGUAAGUUAAGAACUCGAAAAUCUCCAAGCUUUCAAGUUAUCAGAGUGAUUCUAGACUUGGGUUUCUUCAAAAGCUUGUGUUUUGAUUUGGGCCGAUCCCAAAUAUUCGCUAGGAUAGCAUUUUGCGCUGGUUUUUCGUUACAUUUAGAUGGCUGGAGGAGGGAGGAGGAGGAAGAUCCGCUUGAGUAAAUUGUUCAGCUUUUCAUGUAGAAACCCUACUCCUAAUGAAGAUCAUUCGAAUAUCGGAGGCCCGGGCUACUCAAGGAUCGUCUUUGCCAACGAUCCGGAUUGUUUUGAGGCGAACAAUCUAAAUUAUAGUACAAAUUACGUGUCUACAACAAAGUAUACAUUGGCCACAUUUGUGCCAAAAUCUUUGUUUGAGCAAUUUAGGAGGGUCGCCAACAUUUAUUUUCUUGUCACUGCAUGCUUAGCUUUUACUCCGUUGGCGCCUUAUAGCGCCGGGAGUGCUGCUCUUCCUCUGGCGGUGGUGAUUGGAGCGACGAUGGUGAAGGAGGCUGUUGAAGAUUGGAGGAGGAGGCAACAGGAUAGAGAGAUGAAUAAUCGAAAGGUUAAAGUUCAUCUCGGUGAGGGAAACUUUAAGCAUACCGAAUGGAAAAAUUUGAGGGUUGGAGACAUAGUAAAAGUAGAGAAAGAUAAUUUCUUUCCUGCCGAUUUAGUCUUGCUUUCAUCUAGUUAUGAGGACGCGAUCUGUUAUGUCGAAACCAUGAACCUCGAUGGAGAAACCAAUUUGAAGCUGAAGCAAUCUUUAGAAGCAACUUCAAGCUUACAAGAUGAGUCCAGUUUCCAGCAUUUCAAAGCAGUGAUAAAAUGCGAGGACCCAAAUGCGAACCUCUAUACUUUUGUUGGAACCAUGGACUAUGAAGGACAACAAUAUGCUCUCUCGCCGCAACAGAUUCUUUUAAGGGAUUCUAAACUCAGAAACACUGACUUUGUCUAUGGGAUCGUGAUAUUUACAGGCCACGACACAAAAGUUAUGCAGAAUUCAACAAAUCCGCCAUCCAAGAGAAGCAAAAUAGAGAGGAAAAUGGACAAACUUAUUUACCUUUUGAUGUUUGCCUUGGUGGUGAUUGCUACUGUUGGGUCGAUUUGUUUUGGUAUCAAAACCCAUGAUGAUCUAAAAGAUGGCAAGAGAAUGACUCGUUGGUAUCUUCGUCCUGAUGACACGGAUAUAUACUAUGAUCCUAAAAAGGCUACCGAGGCAGCACUUUUGCAUUUCUUAACCGCAAUGAUGCUGUAUAGUUACUUCAUCCCCAUUUCUUUGUAUGUUUCUAUAGAGAUCGUCAAAGUUCUGCAGACCAUUUUCAUAAACCAAGACAUUGAAAUGUAUCAUGAGGCAUCAGAUACCCCUGCUCAUGCUCGUACCUCAAAUUUAAAUGAAGAAUUAGGUCAAGUUGAUACUAUCCUCUCAGAUAAAACUGGAACUUUGACUUCUAAUUCUAUGGAGUUCAUCAAGUGCUCUAUAGCCGGUACUGCCUAUGGAAAAGGUGUUACUGAAGUUGAGAGAGCAAUGUCUAAAAGAAAAGGGUCUCCUUUGAUUUACGAGGCUGAUCAAGACGAGGAAGAAUUAGAUGCAAGGCCAGCAGUUAAAGGGUUUAAUUUCAAAGAUGGGCGUGUCAUGAAUGGGAAUUGGGUAAACGAACCUCGUUCCGAUGUUUUGCAGUUGUUCUUCCGGCUCCUGGCAAUUUGCCAUACGGCGAUACCUGAUGUUGAUGAAACCUCGGGGAAAAUCACUUAUGAAGCUGAGUCACCUGAUGAGGCAGCCUUUGUUAUCGCAGCAAAGGAAUUAGGGUUUGAGUUUUAUCAGAGAACACAGACAUCUAUCUCGCUUCACGAGCUUGAUCCAUCGCGCAAGCCAAUGGACAGAUCAUAUAGGCUCUUAAAUAUCUUAGAAUUUAAUAGCACUCGGAAAAGGAUGUCUGUGAUAGUUGAAACUGAUGAUGGAAAACUUUUGCUUCUGACUAAGGGUGCUGACAGUGUUAUGUUUGAAAGGCUUGCAAAGGAUGGAAGAGAAUUUGAGGAGAAGACUAAGGAGCACUUGCAUGAGUAUGCUGACGCUGGAUUAAGGACCUUGGUUCUUGCAUAUCGUGAACUUGAUGGAGAAGAGUAUGAGAAAUUCAACGAAGAAUUUAUCGAGGCAAAGAACUCAGUUAGUGCCGAUAGAGAGGAAAAGAUAGAUCAAGCUGCAGAGAAAAUUGAGAAGGAUCUGAUUCUUCUUGGUGCCACCGCUGUUGAAGACAAGCUCCAAAAUGGGGUACCUGAAUGUAUUGACAAAUUAGCACAAGCUGGAAUUAAGAUUUGGGUAUUAACGGGUGAUAAGAUGGAGACUGCCAUCAAUAUUGGUUUUGCCUGUAGUUUGCUGAGACAAGGAAUGAAGCAGAUAAUCAUCACAUUGGAAACACCAGAUAUUGUAGCUUUGGAGAAGCAAGGAAACAAAGAUGCCAUUGUUAAGGCACAUAAAGGCAGUGUUAUCCAGCAAAUAAGUGAAGGAAUGAAACUAUUGAAAUCAACGAGCACAGAAGCAUUUGCUUUGAUCAUCGAUGGGAAAUCACUUGCCUAUGCUUUAGAAGACGACGUCAAGAACUCAUUCUUACAGCUGGCUGUGGGUUGUGCAUCAGUCAUAUGCUGUCGUUCUUCCCCAAAACAAAAAGCCCUUGUCACGAGACUGGUCAAAGAAGGCACUCGUAAAGUAACACUAGCUAUUGGUGAUGGAGCCAAUGAUGUGGGUAUGCUUCAAGAAGCAGACAUAGGGGUUGGUAUCAGUGGUGUUGAAGGAAUGCAGGCAGUCAUGUCAAGUGACGUCGCAAUAGCUCAAUUUCGGUUUCUAGAACGUUUGCUACUUGUUCAUGGGCAUUGGUGUUACCGAAGGAUAUCUUCAAUGAUAUGUUACUUCUUCUACAAGAAUAUCACAUUUGGUUUAACAAUCUUCUUAUUUGAGGCCUAUACAUCAUUCUCUGGUCAGCCAGCUUAUAAUGAUUGGUUUAUGUCGCUAUAUAACGUCUUCUUCACAUCUCUCCCUGUAAUCGCUUUGGGUGUGUUCGACCAAGAUGUCUCCGCUCGUUUUUGUUUGAAGUUCCCCCUCCUCUAUCAAGAAGGUGUACAGAAUGUCCUCUUCAGCUGGGUCCGAAUCCUCGGCUGGAUGUUCAAUGGCGUCCUAGGUGCCACCAUCAUCUUCUUCCUCACGACCUCUGCCCUUCAACACCAAGCUUUCCGAAAUGGCGGCGAAGUUGUUGACCUUGAAACUCUAGGAGCUACAAUGUACACUAUUGUGGUUUGGGUCGUUAACGUACAAAUGGCCCUCUCAGUCUCCUAUUUCACCCUAAUCCAACACAUCUUCAUUUGGGGUGGCAUUGCCCUUUGGUAUCUCUUCCUCCUCGCUUACGGAGCCAUAACUCCGACCAUAUCCACCACUGCCUUCAAAGUUUUCGUCGAGGGUCUUGCGCCAUCGCCAUUUUAUUGGAUUGUGACUGUUUUAGUUACUAUCGCGGCGCUAGUUCCAUAUUUUGCUUACGCUUCAAUGCAAAUGAGGUUCUUCCCUAUGUACCACGGGAUGAUACAGUGGAUAAGGUUUGAGGGGAGGGCUGAGGAUCCUGAGUACUGCCACGUUGUCAGGCAGAGGUCGGUCCGGCCGACGACGGUUGGGGUGUCCGCGAGGCUCGAUGCACGGGUCGGCCAAAUCGCGCAGAUCACUCAGGUCACAAGUAGAGUACACAAUGUGGUUCCUUCGCCGUAAACCUGGUAGCGUUCUCAUUGUACAGUUGAGUUACUAAACGGUGGAUUGCAGAGAGGCCACCAUUAUUGGCAUCGGUUUGAGAAAGUGAAGGAAGAUGGCGGCUGUUUGUAAAAUUUGAGAGGGCGUGCAGAAGUAGAGGGUGUAAAGAUUUGUUUUUUUCGGCCCCCUCUUCAUGGGGGGCAACCAUUGUUUCAUUUGUGUUCA